GAGGGAGCUGCCUGCGCUGCCUUGUGAAGACAAGGUUUUAAGCAUGGGGGCUUGGUUUUCGUGUCACUCUGGUUUUACAGGCAUUUCCCUUGAGGUUACUCCUGGUUGACACGCACGUUGGAAGUUGGCUAUGGCAGUUCCGUUCCUGUGGAAGGCAGCUGCGUUGGUAGAGAAGCACAGGACUGGCUUGUUGGCAGUUUCCUGCGCAGGACUGUUUGGGGCUAACCUUUCCUAUCAUGUCUUUCCCGAGCAGACGUUCAAACUGUGGUAUCAGUGCUGGUGUAAGGGGCAACCAGCUGAGCUCUCAGAGAAACUACACAGCCUCUUCCAUGAUGUUCUGGAAGAUGUUGGCGUGAAGUCCGUGAAUUGUUACCAACCCUUUGCAGCUUUUGGCUUCCACCCAGUGAGUGCUGGGAUCCCGUGGCUGCCAGCAGGCUCUCUGGUGGGCAUCCCUGCCAAUUUCAAUAGCACAGCGGCGGACAGACAAGGAAUUGUCAACCGUGUCGUCGUGAUAAAUGGCAGAGAAGUGGAUUGGGAGAGUAAACAAGGGCUAGCUUUGAAGGAAGCCUUGAUGUUUUCACCAGAGGCUCAGAAGUUUGCCAUUGCCAGAGAGAUUGUGUACUUGCAAAGCAAUAGCCCUGUAGUUUAUGCAGCUGUGCCUCCUGCUUGCUUAGCUGGCACCUGUCUGUCUGGGGUGGCUAUAAAGCAGCUUCUGGGCUUGUAUUCUGGCCCCAGGGUGUUUCGAGGCAUUUAUAACAUCACCAUUGCAGCAAUUGGACUUGUCGGCUACUUUCUUGCUUAUGAUGCCGUGAGCCACACACUAGACUACAGGUCGGACAGAAGGGCGGCCACAAUUUCCAAAGACUAUGCCAGAGGUGGGGUGGAAUUCUACGACAAAAUCCUGUCCCGCAACAGGACUCUCCGCAUGCUUUUGGGCAAACAAGGAGAGAAAAUUUAUGCCCCUAGUGGUAAUCUUUUCCCUAGGUACUGGUUCAGAUUAAAGCACGCUCCAUACACUUCCAGAAGAGACUUGAUCAUUAAUAUUUUAAGAGUGUCCCAGGCAUAGGAAGGGAGUGAUUGGAUUUAAACUUGUGAAUUAUGUAUUUUCUUGGAACGCCACUGUACUGCCUUCCUCUCCCCUCCCCCGCAACUUCAUUUGUGUGCUGUUUUUUAUUUUUGCAUAUAGUCUGGAAAUAGUGUUUAAUUUUUCAUUCACUGGACGCAUAUCUCUUAAAAAAUUAAAGACCUAUUUCAAAAGUCCUCUGUCCUAUAUGCAUCUU